AUGAACACCUGCAAUCACACGAAUGAGUCUGACUUCAUCCUCAUGGGACUAACAGAUUCCAAGGAGAUCCAGUUGGUCCUCUCAGUGCUGUUUCUCCUGAUAUACAUGGUCACUGUGCUGGGGAACAUAGGCAUGAUACUGAUCAUUCAUCUAGAUGUCCAGCUUCACACCCCGAUGUAUUUCUUCCUCACCCACCUGUCAUUCCUUGACCUCAGUUACUCAACUGUCAUCACACCUAAAACUUUAGAGGACCUGCUGACUUCCAUCAAGAAUAUUUCCUUCAUGGGUUGCUUCAGCCAGUUGUACUUUUUUGUCUUGUUUGGUGGUGCUGAAUGUUUUCUUCUCUCCUCCAUGGCCUAUGACCGCUAUGUAGCUAUAUGUAACCCUCUUCACUACCCGGUUGUUAUGUCCACAAGACGCUGCCACGCCCUCCUCAUUUGUUCCUACAUGAUGGGUGCUAUUGAUUCCUCUGUCAAUAUGCUUUGUCUAAGCAGGUUGAAUCUCUGCAACUCUCAUGUCAUCAAUCACUUUUUCUGUGACACCCCUGCAAUUCUAGCCCUGUCCUCCAGUGACACCUAUGUCUUUGAAAUGAUAAUAAUCAUUGUCUCUGGUUCAACUCUAAUGGUGUCCCUUCUCAUCAUAUCAAUGUCUUAUGCAUCCAUUCUCUCAGCCAUCUUGAAAAUCAGUUCUAUUUCAGGAAAGCGAAAAGCCUUCUCCACUUGUGCCUCUCAUUUUUUGGCAGUCACCAUAUUUUAUAGUACCAUGAUCUUCACGUAUUUAAAACCAAAGAAGUCCUAUUCCUUGGGAAAGGAUCAAGUGGCUUCUGUUUUCUACACCAUUGUGAUUCCCAUGCUGAACCCACUAAUUUAUAGUCUCAGGAACAAAGAAGUGAAAAGUGCUGUCUGUAAAGUUAUAAAGAUGAGGGAGAACCCCAGGCAGUUAGGAAAAUAG